UAGCUUUCCAUUGCACUGCAUAGCUCUGUUUAAACUUUCUUCCGUUAUAUAUAUAUCAUCCUCAUCUUGUGAUGUACCCUUCAACUAUUUUUCCCUUCAGAAAUCUCAAUACAAUAAUAGCACCAUGAUACUCUUAACUUUCUUUCAAAAUCUGAACCUAAACCUUAAGGAUUGCAUAAGUACAACCUUGGUUCUUACUUUCUUAGUCAUUUCAGCGGUUACUUGGUACUUCCUCAAACCCAAUACUCAGAGGCUGCCACCAGGUCCACCUGGCAUCCCCUUUUUCGGGAACCUUCUAUCCCUCGACCCGGACCUUCACUCUUACUUCGCCGGGUUAGCCAGGACCCAUGGCCCGAUUUUCAGGCUCCGACUCGGGAGCAAGCUUGCCAUCGUGUUGAGUUCACCUUCCACCGCUCGUGAGGUUCUCAAAGACCACGACACCGUUUUCGCCAACCGUGACGUGCCCGCCGCCGUCAGAGCAGCCACCUACGGCGGAUCCGACAUAGUAUGGACCCCGUACGGACCCGAAUGGAGGAUGCUGAGGAAAGUGUGCGUGCUCAAGAUGCUAAGCAACACCACCCUGGAUUCCGUGUACGAUCUCCGCCGCAAGGAGGUAAGGAAAACGGUCGGGUAUUUGUACAGUCGGAUCGGGUCUCCGGUGAACGUGGGGGAGCAGGUGUUCCUGACGAUGCUGAAUGUGAUAACGAACAUGAUGUGGGGUGGCGCGGUGGAUGGGGCAGAGAGGGAAAGCUUGGGGGUGGAGUUCAGGGAAGCGGUGGCUGAGAUGACGGAUCUUCUUGGGAAACCGAACUUGUCGGAUUUCUUUCCCGGGUUGGCCCGAUUCGAUUUGCAAGGUGUGGAGAAACAGAUGAAUGCGUUGGUCCCGCGGUUCGAUAGGAUAUUCGAAAAGAUGAUUGGUCAACGACAGCGGGUGAAGAUGGAGAAAGAAAGCAAGGAUUUUCUGCAGUUUCUGUUAAAUUUGAAAGAUGAAGGAGAUUCCAAGACACCAAUGACCAUGACCCACAUUAAGUCACUCCUCAUGGACAUGGUUGUCGGUGGAUCUGACACAUCAUCCCACACAAUUGAGUUUGCAAUGGCAGAAAUGAUGCACAAGCCAGAGGUAAUGAAGAGAGUCCAAGAGGAAUUGGAAGUUGUAGUUGGGAAAGAUAACAUUGUAGAAGAGUCUCACAUUCAUAAGCUACCCUACUUGCAUGCUGUGAUGAAAGAAACUCUUCGAUUGCACACUGCACUUCCACUUCUAGUCCCUCACUGCCCGAGUGAAACAACCACUGUAGGAGGCUACACAAUCCCAAAGGGAUCUCGGGUGUUUGUGAAUGUGUGGGCUAUUCAUACAAACCCUUCCAUUUGGGAAAAACCACUAGAAUUUGAUCCUACAAGGUUCUUGGAUGCCGAGUGCGACUACAGUGGGAGUAACUUCAAUUAUCUCCCAUUUGGGUCUGGAAGAAGAAUAUGUGCAGGAAUAGCAAUGGCUGAGAGGACGGUUUUGUAUUCUCUUGCCACCCUUGUGCACUUAUUUGAUUGGACAAUACCCCAAGGAGAAAAUUUGGAUAUAUCAGAGAAAUUUGGUAUUGUUCUCAAAAAGAAAAUACCUCUGGUUGCCAUCCCUACCCCACGAUUGUCCAAGUCAGAUCUUUAUAAAUAGAAUUGAGUACAAUAUUCAUGUACUCAUCAAGAAAAUCUGUAUUCAAUACCCAAAACAACAAUGAUUUGCAGUUAGUUUAUGUAUCGUAU